AUGAAACCUCGCCUCACUGAAGAAACACAUACAGAUGAAUAUAUAAAUGACAGAAUUGUUAUUAACAGUAUAGACACUGAAUAUGAAACAACAAAUUCAAUAAACAGUAUUCUGUGCGCUGAUUUGUAUUUACUAGGAAGAUUAUGCAUACAAGCACUAAAAUCAGCUGUAGCUGGUGUAAAAAUCAACUUGAUACCGGUCGUAGAAGCAGCAAAAGUACCAGAGAUCCCUCAGAAGCCUCCUUCAAUGAAAUAUACUGACUUGCCUUUAUAUAAUAGUCCCCAUUACGAAUACAAAGAUUAUAUAAAGGAUAAAGAGAAAUGUCCAGAUGCUAACGUCAAACUGUUACACCGAUCACUUCUUCCACAUGUCAAAUGUUAUAGAGAAGCAUUUCAAAGGAAUCUAUGUGAGCUGAGAUGUGCAGUUGAUGAGCAACGCGUGAACGCUUGUAACGCUGUACGUCGUGCUAAGAAAGAUUUCAAGCAAACAAUGAGAGAUCCUGAUAAUUUAGUAAUUAGACAAGCUACUGUGGCCGUGGGUGGUGCAGCAGGAUACUUUUUGGGAUCAGGUGGUGGUAUACCAAGACGUCUUUUCUUCACAGGUCUUGGAUUUUUAGCGGCCGGUGCUCUGUGCUUUCCUAAGGAAACAGAUGAAAUUUUCAGAGACGUUGCAUUCACGACUGGGAAAUACUUCAUAGGUAUUUAUAAUAAAUGGUGCGGUAAAGAAUUUGCUUUGAGAGAGAGGUUGCCUUGUAAGGAUGAGGUUCCACCUGAACCAACCAAAAGGAAACCGAUUCAAUGCCCUCAAAAGUAGUAGUACUAGAAGUACACUUAAUAUAAAGCAGAGGUCAGAGUUUUGUAUAU